AUGGAGGGUGUAGACGCAAAAAUUGAAGAAAUCGAGACUUUUUGUGAUCAAUAUUUUGAGAACUUUCCGACAAAAAGUGACGAGGAUCGUUGUGUCGAUGUGAAGAGUCGAGUCCAAGAGUUGCUUCAGAGUUUAAACCAAAAGGAUAAAGGGAAUUUCGAUGUGUCUUUAUUGCUGUUGAAGGGACGAAUUUCGAAUUUAUGCAUUGAUUAUAGUGGAGAAUGCGAAGAACUAUUGGCACAAUACGUGAAACUAAAGCCAUCCGAUCCUCGAGGAUGGACAGAGCUCGGGAAUUGUCUACUCAAAAAGCCGGAUGUUGAAUACGCGCUUGAAUGUUUAGAGUGUGGAUAUGAGUUUUGCAAAUCGGCUGAACUAUUGAGCCUUCUUGCUACAGUGAUCCGGUUCACACUUGGAACGAUUACCGAUAAGAAACUCGCGGCUCAAGCUAGAGCGGCUUUGCUUUCGCUCGCAAAUGCUCGUUUUGGAAGUUUCUUUCAUUUGGAGAAAAACCAUUUUGAAACACUUGAAAACGCAACGGAUGCUUAUCAAAAAGCACUCAAAAAUCGUCGAACUGGCUAUGAUCCGGCUCUUCAUCUAAAUCUUGCCACAGCUUACAGAUAUCUAGAUAAAUACGCUGAAGCGAUAAUUCAUUUGAAAAGAGCUCACGUCUUGGAGCCUUUCUCUCCAAUUGCUAUGGAUCGACUCAAAUCUCUCAACAACAUCAUUUUGUCUAUUUCAAAGGGCAUCACCAAGCAUAGUAAAAUUUCGAUUUUUGAAACUUCAAAGGGAAUAGACGUAAAUAAGACAAAAGUAGUGGGGAGAAUUGUAACCAAUGUGGCAUCAUCGGAAGAUGUGCCAAGAGUUUUCCUUGUGAUUGAUGAAAGUGGCUUUUGCGCUGCAAUCUCAAUAUACAAUUGCUCGAAUCAUUUCCAACUCUCUAUCGGUGACGAAUUGACAAUCGCUAAUCCACUGCUGAAUGUGAUUGAGAAUGUUGAAGUGGAAAUGGAUGAGAAGCAAGUGCUGAAUGCGUCAUUUCAUUCAAUCCGAGUUGCGUCCCCGUUGUACAUUCUACGAAACGGUCAAAAAGUGAAAUCCACUGAAAUCGCGAUAGCGACAGUCGCUUUCACCAAUCAUGCUGAAACU